AAUUGUGAUGUGUAAAAUUUCGGAACUUGGUGUCAAAGUGAAGUGUUAAUAAUUUCUUCAACAUUUCCAAUAUGCAAGCUAUGUGAACUUUAUAAAUUUCAAUUCAGCUGGCAUUUUAAUUAGUGCGCUAAUUAAUUAUUAUGAAUAUUUUUACUUAAGGCAUAUGUUUUAAUAUUAAAAUCAGCGUUUAACUUUAAUUAUGAGCGACUGUGAUAGCAUUGAGAGUGAAGAAAGAUGGGAUGAAGAUUUAGUUGAUGUGCCCUGGAAGGAUAAAGACCAAACAUGUUAUAUAUGCAAUGGCUACUAUGGACCUUGCUUUGAGGAUCCAGUUUGUGGCACUUGCCAUGCAUUCCUAUUUCCCGACUUAGAAAAUAGACGAAUAGAAAUAAUAAGUGAAAAGACAGAUGAUGAGGAUUCAGGUAAUGAUGAACCUAAUGAUUUGGCUAUUGAUCACAGAAUGAGGCGAACUCGAGAAGCAUUACCUGAAUAUAUGAACAUUGUUGGUUGGAAUCCAGAUGAUGUGGACAAUGCAUUAGGAGAUCAAAUUAAUCCGGAUGCAGAAGCAGAAUAUGAAAUACCCGAACCACCAAAAGAUCUUGUACCUGUAAUGACAGUUCCAACACUAUCUCAGCAAAUACAGCUGCUUUCAAAUCCAAGAGUACCCGAUGAAAAAAGUGGCAUGAUAGUUAAAAACUUGCCACCAGAAGUUCUACUAGCUAUAUUCAGUUAUUUGGAUGAUUUAUCCUUAUGCAGUGCUGCAUCUGUGUGCACUUAUUGGAAUCAUCUAUUAAAAACACAUAUAUCCAUGGAAACAUGGCAAAAGUUUACAAACGCCAGGUGGCCAUUAUUUCCGAAAAAUCGUCAAAAAGAUUGGUUUAAGACAUAUACUGCUUUGAUGGAUUCAUGCUUCUGUCGAAUGUGUCUGACACAAAUGUCUCACAAAUCUACACCGAUUGGGGAGCAAAGUGCUUGGAGACAAAGAAGGCUUAAAAAUGAAUUAAAUGCCAUAAAGAGUGAUGCUCCUGAAGGAAUUAAAGCUGUACCAUUGGAUGCACAAUGCUGUCAUUGGCAAGCUGUAAUAUCUGGGCCCGAAGACAGUCCUUAUGAAGGAGGAAUGUUUUUUUUGUAUUUACAAAUGCCUUUGACAUAUCCCAUUGAUCCACCAAUAGUUCGUUUUUUAACAAAAAUUAUCCAUCCAAAUAUAUCAAGGCAUGGAGAUGUAGGAAUAGAUGCCAUAGAACAUAAUUGGUCACUUGCACUAACUAUAUCAAAAGUCUUAUUAUCAAUUCAAAGUUUACUCACAGAUCCAUAUACUGAGGUCUGUAUGGAGCCAUUACUCGGCAAAAUGUACCAAGAAGACAGACCUAAAUUUGAUCAACUGGCACGACAAUGGACUUGGAAAUAUGCUAUGAAUGAUUUUCUAUUUCACAAAUAAAAAUCUUUACGACAUAAAUUUAUAAAAUUGACAGUUCUCAAUUU